AUGUCCCCUCUAAAAGUCAACCAGAAAGCGUCGGUGAAGCUUACCAUCAAGCGGAUCAUUGAUUGCUUGGUAAAUAUAAAGGAUGAGACUGGUGAAUUCCUGAUGACGCUCCCUGAUGGCCGCGUGAUCGACACCAAAGGUUGGGAUGACUGGGAGUGGACACAUGGAAUCGGUCUAUACGGGCUAUUGAAAUACUUCGAAAUCGUCCAGGAUAAGGAAGAAUUGGAUAUCAUGUUGCGUUGGUUCAAGGAGCGAUUCGAGAUAGGCACGACAAAGAACGUGAACACCAUGUCGCCUCUGCUGACUGCGGCCUACUUGCACGAAGCCCAAUUGGCGGAUUACUAUGUCCAUCUAGAUAGCUGGGCCGAAUGGGUUAUGUAUGACAUGCCGCGGACAGAAGAAGACGGGCUUCAACAUAUUACGUACCUUGUGGACAACUUCCAGCAGUUGUGGGACGACACCCUCAUGAUGACUGUGCUCCCCCUCGCGAAGAUAGGGUUGGUUUUAAAGCGGCCUGAUUACGUCGAAGAAGCUAAGAGACAGUUCCUCCUGCAUAUAAAAUAUCUCCAAGAUCAACAAUCGGGGCUCUGGUUUCAUGGUUGGACCUUCAGCGGUCGACAUCAUUUCGGCAAGGCUAGAUGGGGAAGAGGUAACUGUUGGGCAACAAUUGCAAUCCCAGAGUUCAUCGAGCUGCUUCAAUUGCCGAAGACCGACGGCUUGAGGAUGUUCCUCGUAUCCUCCUUGACCGCGCAAAUCAAUGCCCUCGUUAAUUGCCAAGAUCAGAAUACAGGGUUAUGGCACACAAUUCUAGAUGACGACAGUUCUUACCUAGAGGCAUCGGCGACGGCGGGAUUUGCGUAUGGUAUAGCCAAGGCUAUAAGGCUCCGACUCAUACCGAAGGAGGAUCGAUAUGUGGCAACGGUCAAGAAGGCGAUGCAAGGAGUCUUGGAUAACGUAUCUGAGGAAGGCGAGCUGAAGCAGGUAUCUUUUGGAACGCCUGUGUUUGACGACAUCGAGAGCUACAAAAGAAUCAAAUUAACCAGCAUGCCAUACGGACAGAGUUUGGCGUUGAUAGCGCUGUCGGAACAUUUGAGAACAUUGAUGUAG